UUCUCACUCCCUCAUGCUCUGUACACCUCUUUCUUUCUCGCUCUUAUUUGCCUCACCACGUCUAUCACUCUCUCUGUUUCUCUCUCUUCUCUCUCCUCUCCUUUUCCCAGUAUGGUGAGGCUGACUCUGGGAGCACUGGCACUGUUUGUAGCUGUGUGUGGAGUGUCCAGUUUUGUGUUGCUGGGGGUGGCUAUAGGGACAGACUACUGGUACCUCAUAGAUGUCGCUCAGAGGCAAAACAACUCCAACCUCUCCCUCAGCUCACACUCAGGACUAUGGAGAACCUGCAACUCCCAGAAGCUCUGUCAGCCAUUUGUCAACCCGUUUGAAGGCGGACAAAACCUCACAGACUCUUACAGACAACUUUUAAAUAUGCACGGGACAUUCAUGGUGUUGCUUCCUCUCAGCAUGAUCAUCAUGGUUGUUGGGGGACUAAUGGGGUUCAUCGGCCUGCUGGCCAGAGCUUACCUACUACUGCUGAUGACUGGUGUACUGUUACUACUGGGAGCUCUGUCGUCACUCACAGGGGUGAGUGUGUACAUGGCCUACUCUGCUGCAGUCUUCCAGGAGGCUCUGUGUCUGGCUGAGCAGAUGGGGGUCAAUAUGGAGGGGGUCCAGAUCCUGUUUGGCUGGUCCCUGGUCCUGGCCUGGAUCUCUAGUGGAACGGAGCUAUUCACCUCCGCCGGCUUCCUGCUGGUCUGCAGAACCAUCACUACACAGAGACAGGAUCUGAAAUUAUGAGACAGGGAGGGGGAGAGAGAGGGAGGGGGGAGAGAGCAGUAGAGAGAGAGAGGGAGGAGGAAAGAGAGAGCGGGAGAGAGAGGGGGAGAGAGAGGGAGGAGGAGAGAGAGGUAGGGGGAUGGAGGGAGAAAAAAAUACAACAUGUUUUCAUGAAUUUUUACAAUAUAGCCAAUUUUAACUUUGCAGCUGGCCUAUCUAAGGGAAAAAUCACUCAGUUCUGCCUCCAGGACAAGACUCAUGACAAUAAACAUCGACCUGCAUCCUUGAUGCAUUUCAACUCUGUCCUCUCUCGUCUUGACAUAUCCAUUUGAUUGGUUAAGACACAAGGUGUACCUGGAGAGAAGGCGUGCUCAUGUAACCGGGAAAAGAUCACACAGUUAAAGGGGACAAUCUGUGAUUGCUACAUCCAUCUUCUAGAAACUUUCAGUGGUGGUGUGAAUGCAUUGUUGAUGUUUGAACUGCAGAUUGCCCCUUUAAGUGUACUUGUAUGGAGGAGAGAUGUCUUGAUGUAGCCAGGAAGGAAAUACACGUCCCUGCACCGCCUUACGUGGCUCCUAGUCAAAUUCCACAUCACCUACAAGAAAACUACACCUCACAGCAUCAUCCUUCCUCCGCUGCUUGGUCCGUUGUUGGUGGGUAAUUCUGUAAUGGCCGUCGUCAGAAUUAGACCAAGGUGCAGCAGAGGAUGUGUUCAUCAUUAGAAUUUUAAUUAAAAAAACAAGAGAAGACUACAAAAAUGAACAAAAACGACAGCAAACAGUUCUGUUAGGAGAAUACUCAAAACAGAAACAAUUACCCAC